AUGGAUACCCACACGUGGCUUGAAAAAAGAGGAAGUUUGAGAAUUCUCAAAAACCAUUCUAACCAAAGUUCAAAACUAAAGAAAAAGCAGUCCAUCAUCAACAAAUUAAAAUGUCUCCACACAGAAAAUUUCAUUUCCCUGCUUGAAGAACUUGAAAAUGAAAAUUUUAAUAAGUUCCACACUGAGAUUGUAAACAAUCUACUUUCAAACCCAAUAAUCGCCUCUCCUCCUUCAAAGAGUACGCCUGCCGUGCUGCAGUCUACCUUUGACUACAUCCAUAAAAUCGUGGAGGUCGUCUAUCUCUUUUCCUUUGACUCAUCGCUCAUGGGCUAUCUCGUCUCGUCUCUGAAAAAAGGGCACUCAAACAACUGGACUUUCUGCUGCAUUCUCCUGGAGAUCUUUAUUCUCAAUACAAAGCAAAAGAAAAUGCCAAAUACAACACUAGAAACAGUUGCACAAACUCUGCUAAAGACUUUGAAGGGCCAACGGCUAUCCUUUAUCCUGUACUCCCUUAAAUUCUUUGAUAUCGACAAGUCAGUGUUUGUUCCUAAUAUUGAAGAUGAAAUAAAAACGAUAAACGAAGAUAACUUUGAAAUUUUGAAAGAAAUCGCUGGCAUUUUAAAGAUCAAUGAGGAUCUAAAGAUUCCCAACAGCUAUAUAGAAAUUGUAAAGCCAGUACCGGGAGAAUUUAGUUUCUAUGAAGACUCAAAAGUUCCCAGUGAGUUUGUAUUUCCGCCGUUUAGCAUGUCCAUGAUAAAGAAUAUUGAGAAGAAAAAGCUGGAGCCUUACAUGCUUGAUUACAUAGGUCAAAACAUCUGCAGUCACCCGGAGCUCAUUACAAAGAUUAUAAAUAAAAAGAAAUACGUUGAAUUUAUUCCUAGUCUAGCUAGGAUAUUGUCGAAAGCUAUUAAAAACAGCAAAAGCUACUGUGGCUCAAUACUUUCAUGCCAGAACACAGACAAAGACUUGAUUCUCAUCGCAGAAUGCUAUAAGUUUGGAUUGUUCACGUCCCAGGAAAUAUUUAAUUUGAUCAACCAACUGAUUGAUAAGCAUUUAAUUUCCAAGCUGUGCGUAAUAUUAGAACAGCUGGGGAGGUACAUUCUAUAUAAAAAGGAGACAAAUAGACUUUCUAUUGAAAUGAUUGAGAAAGUCAAGAAUAGUCCGUUGGAUAACGUCAGCAAAAUUCAAUUCUCGCAGUGUAUUUCGAUGAUCCUAAACCCAGAGUUCUGCAAGAUUAACAUUCUUGAUUUUCUUAGAUGGUUUUUUAAUUCAACGGACUAUGAAACAAAUGCACUAUUUGCAAAAAUGAAAAAAUCUCCAAGGUUUCUACUUUUAGUUCUAUCACAGCCAUCGAUUUUUGAGAAUGAGGAGAACUUCAAGAAGUUUUUUAACGAAGUUAAAGACAUUGUGUUCACCUUGGAUACAAGCAUACCUCUAGCUAAAACUAUGAAAAACAUGAUAGAAGAAGAGAAUACAAGUUCCUUUUUGAUAGGAUUUUAUCUUUUUUCAAUUCCAAGGAUAUAUGAAAAGCACAAGACACUUGCUUUAGACUAUGCACAGGCCAUUUCAUUUCUUGCAAGAAAGCAAAGCCAGCAGACUCAGGUCAUUAAUACUUUGCUGAAAGAGAAGGUUGGUGAGAGACUGAAGUACAGAAUUAUCUUGCUUUUGCUGGACAGCUUUGAUCCUGAGAUACACGAAAAGUACAUUGAGAUACUCAAUAAGCGCCAGAAAGGGGAUGCAGAAUUUAGAGCAAUGCUGUUUAACUUCUGCGAGAAGCACCAUUACGCCUGUGAGGUCGACGAGUCUGAUUCUUUUGAAAGAGAGAUGUGCUUGAUGGAAGAAUCCGAUUGA